AUCUCUUCGAUCGCUAUUCUACACUUCAUUUCCAGUGAAAGUUCCUCCCAUGGCCAAUCAUAAGCUUAUUCUCUGUUUAUUCUUACUUGCUAUCUCAAUGAUAUCCAACGCUCGAUGGACCGGACCUCAGGGACAAGUUUGUAUACAAGUAGCAUGUGCAAGCAAUGAAGACGAAAUGUGCACAGCGUACUCAGCAGCAGAUGCAAGAGAGAAUUGCCCUUCAAUCUGUGGUGACUUUGGCCCUGAUUGCUUCGAUGGUGUCCGAACGUGUUGUUUAACACGAAAUUAACCCUCAAUGCCCAUGUAUUGCUUUAUCGUGCCCGUCCAUACUUUCUAAUAAAGACAUGAACUAGGCAAAAGUGGUCCCAUUAACGGCAUCAUAUAUCUUUGAAGGUGAAUAAAAUACAGUGGU